GUCACUUUCUAAUUUUUUUACGUCAAUUACAAAUUUGCUUACGUUUCUUUCGAUUUUCUUUUUUCCUCUUUUGGCAGGCUUUUCUUUAUUUCUCAUCCAUGGCGUCUACGACUUGAUCUCCUCCUCAGAUUAGAAAUAUUAUUAUUAUUAUUAUUAUACAAAACACCAACAGCUAAUCAAUUGGUCGCCACAUUCACUUGGGCAAGGCGAGCGAGCUGCAAGUGUACGGAGGGGGAGAGAGAGACACCGCGCGCCGAGGUUAAAUGACGAGAUUGCCACUGAGCUUCCCGGCGAUUGGUACCGGCGACGGAGGGCAAGCGGUCACCUGGUGGGAAGAGAUCAACGAGUCCGUCGGAUGGCAGGACGGGAUAUUCUUCUCCCUCUGCGCGGCGUACGCCGCCGUCUCGGCCGUUGCCCUUGUACAAUUGAUAAGGAUUGAACUCAGAGUCCCUGAGUAUGGUUGGACCACUCAAAAGGUUUUCCACCUCAUGAACUUCAUCGUGAACGGAGUGCGAGCUGUUGUGUUUGGAUUUCAUAAGCACGUGUAUCUUUUUCACCCAAAGGUCCUGACAUUGUUACUGCUGGAAUUUCCUGGCUUGCUCUUCUUUUCCACAUAUACACUUCUUGUCCUUUUUUGGGCAGAGAUAUAUCAUCAGGCUAGAAGUUUGCCAACCGAUAAACUGAGGAUUUUCUACAUUUCUAUCAACAGCGCCAUUUACUUUAUACAGGGCUGUAUCUGGGUGUAUCUCUGGAUAGAUGAUAACAGCAGUGUGGAAUUCAUUGGAAAGAUAUUUAUCGCAGUGGUGUCAUUUAUAGCUGCAUUAGGGUUUUUGCUUUAUGGAGGAAGGUUGUUUUUCAUGCUUAGGCGAUUCCCUAUUGAAUCUAAAGGGAGAAGGAAGAAACUUCAUGAGGUUGGAUCUGUAACUGCUAUAUGCUUCACAUGUUUUCUUAUAAGAUGCUUUGUGGUUGUGCUAUCAGCUUUCGAUUUAGAUGCAUCACUCGAUGUAUUGGACCAUCCUGUUCUGAAUUUUGUCUAUUACACGUUGGUCGAGAUUCUUCCUUCAGUUCUUGUCUUGUACAUUCUACGCAAGCUUCCUCCGAAGAGAAUAUCAGCCCAAUACCACCCAAUCCGCUAAUCCACAAAUCCUCACUUACGCAUUUGGUAGUGUUUGUUCCAGCUUCAAAGUUAGUCGGUGGAUGAAAUCGGAGCCUGAGAAAGAUUUUUUUCCAGAUUUAUUAUUAUUCUGGGGUUGGCUCUUGUCCUAAAAUUUUACUUUUUCUGCCUGUAAUUUGUCCAGAAUUGAUGUUGAGGAUACAAUAAUUAAAUUGGAUCCUGUGGCAUGAAAAUGUUUGCUAUUUUGCUGCAAAAUUCGCAAUUCUUCAAGAUGUACCAUUUUUCUUAUAAUCAGCAACCCUGGCAUAAUAUUGAGCUCAACCAUCGUUUUACUUGUGCACAUAAAAACAUCUAACUUUUUUAGCUAAGAUCAAAAGCUACUCCAGAGUCUUCAUUAACGUGGUACAUCACCAGAAGCAACUUAGUAACAAUAGUACCUUUGCUUGUCCACAUUUGCAGCAUACAAAACAGUAUUAUCAAGACUAAUUUAACCGAACCAUUAUCACCAUANAAUUUCCCACACAAAAAA